AUUCCAGCCAGUCUCAAACCAACCGCCGACCGGUGACGGCGUGCUUUCGAAUUCCAAAUUUAAAUUCAGUUCGGUAUUCAAAAUGUACAGUUUAACGGUUUUAGGGGUGUUGUUGGCGGUAUGUGGGGGUGCAUUCAGUCACAGUUACCACUUGGGGGCGUGCCCCGUGGUGGAACCCAUGCCCGGGUUCGAAAUGAACAAGAUGUUGGGCGUUUGGUACGUGAUCCAGAAGACGUCGACAGCCUCACAUUGUCUCACCUACAACUUCACGAAGACCGAUGAGCCAUACAGAUAUGAACUGGAACAGUCUUCUCAGCACUUCAUCUUGGGACUGACGCCUCUUAAGCAUGACUAUAGGUAUACUGGAGUACUAACAGUCCCAGAUCCCGCAGUGCCAGCUAGAAUGAAAGUCAGAUUCCCACUCAGCGUAGCCGGGUCAGCAAGCUACACUGUCCUGAUGACUGACUACACCACCCACGCCGUCGUCUUCACGUGCCAGAAGCUUGCGUUCGCGCACCGAAGGUCUGCCACCAUCCUUUCAAGGACCAAGGAACUCGACAGGAUUUACUUGGACAAGAUGCGCAACAGGUUGGCAGCUUUCGGUGUGGACCCGUAUGACCUGUCCAUCAUAUCGCAGAGCGAGUGUCCUACCCAUAAGAAUGGCUCCGAAGGUGUCAACAUCAACAUCGACCCUGAGACCUUCUCCUCACACAACAUCGGACAAGCUGUCAGGAAGACUGGCUCCGCUAUCGCUGAUGGCGUAGAGUACGUGGUAGAGGCCGGUAAGACUGUAUACAAUAAGGUGGCGAGCAGCAAGGAGGACCUCACCGAGUCUCCCGCCGGACGCUCGCACUCCGUCAAAGAUGACGCCGAGUGGUUGCCUUGAACGUCCUAGACUUUGUUCUCAAGUACAAGUAGCUGUAGUACGAAACAUCUAAUAGACAUUGACUGAAACUCCACUUUGUAAGCUCUAUUUCCACUAUCAUAGAAGCGUUUUUCCAUCGUUUCUAAACUUAAGUGUAUAGGAAAGAUCUUUGUUUUAUACAACAGCAAUAGUAGACUUAGUAAAUAAAUGUGCGUUAUUUUUAGCCAGGCAAUAGUACCAACUAGAACCUAGAACGCAAUGUUUUAUACAACAACAGUAGUUCGCAGUCUUAGUAAACAAAUGUGCCUUAAGUUUUUAGCAGAGCAAUAAAAUUAAAAACCACAGACUAGACGAAACUUUCUCCCACUUGUAUGUAGAUGAAUUAAUGCAUUUUAUAUUUUUUUGUAAUUAGAAUGACU